GAGUUGUUUGCAGGCCACGCUCACAAGCCAGACUCGUCACGUGCUAGAUGCUGCUCAAAAGGGGCAGCAGAAAGUCGUUCCCGGCGCUGCUCCUUCUCUUCCUUUGCUCUUCUUUCAACUUGUGUGACUCUGACAAGCUGCUCACCUUGAAAUUGUUCCAAAUAAGCCUUUAAAUAAGCUGCGCGUCAGGCUAACAGCAGCYUGUCUUCUCCUCUCUAGAUCUCAAAAUGACUUCCAUGCUGACGUGUAUCUUCAGGAACCUCCCAGCCUCCUCGGCGUGGGCUGCCGGGAUCGCUGCAAGAUCAUUCRGCUGCUCUUCGCAGUUACAAGCAGCAGCAGUCCAGCCUAAGAGUAAGAAGACCUUAGCCAAAACUGGUGUGAAGAAUAUUGUUGUGGUCGAUGGCGUCCGUAUCCCAUUUUUGCAGUCUGGCACCUCGUAUUCGGAUCUUAUGCCACAUGACUUGGCCAGAGCAGCACUGCAGGGGCUGCUGAACCGGACCAGUAUCCCAAGGGAUGCUGUGGAUUACAUUGUUUACGGCACCGUUAUCCAGGAAGUGAAAACGAGCAAUGUUGCCCGGGAGGCUGCCUUGGGAGCUGGUUUCUCUGACAAAACGCCAGCCCACACAGUCACCAUGGCCUGCAUUUCCUCAAACCAGGCCAUGACUACAGGUGUGGGCAUGAUCGCGGCCGGCCAGUGCGAUGCCGUGGUAGCCGGUGGUGUGGAGCUGAUGUCCGAUAUUCCCAUUCGUCACAACAGGAAGAUGAGGAAGACUAUGCUCACACUUAACAAGGCCAAGACUUUGGGCCAAAAGCUGGCUCUGCUGUCCAAAAUUCGCCCUGACUACUUUGCUCCUGAUCUGCCCCUUGUGACAGAAUUCUCCACCAACGAGACCAUGGGGCACUCUGCUGAUCGCCUGGCUGCUGCCUUUUCUGUCUCCCGUUUGGAGCAGGAUGAGUACGCCCUCCGCUCACACACGCUGGCCAAGAAAGCCCAGGAGGAAGGCUGGUUGCAAGAUGUGGUGGCCUUCAAAGUGCCAGGCAAGGAAACAGUAACCAAAGAUAAUGGAAUCCGUCCUUCCUCCAUCGAGCAGAUGGCCAAGCUGAAGCCAGCUUUUGUCAAGCCCUAUGGAACCGUCACAGCUGCCAACUCGUCCUUCCUGACAGACGGUGCCUCGGCCAUCCUGCUCAUGUCCGAGGAGAAGGCUCUGGCCAUGGGAUUCAAGCCAAAGGCCUACCUCAGGGACUUUGUGUAUGUGUCCCAGGAUCCCAAGGACCAGCUGCUGCUCGGCCCAACGUACGCGACGUCCAAACUGCUGGAAAGGACUGGUCUCACCAUGGCUGAUAUUGAUGUGUUUGAAUUCCACGAAGCCUUCGCUGGACAAAUUCUGGCCAACAUGAAAGCCAUGGAUUCAGACUGGUUUGCACAAAACUACAUAGGCAAGAAGUCGAAGGUCGGAGCCCCAUCUCUGGACAAGUUCAACAGCUGGGGUGGCUCCCUGUCCCUGGGACAUCCCUUCGCUGCCACCGGCUGCCGCCUGGUGAUCACGGGUGCUCAUAGACUGAAGAAGGAGGGCGGCCAGUACUGCCUGGUGGCCGCCUGUGCUGCAGGAGGGCAGGGGCACGCGAUGAUCGUGGAGCUUUACCCUCAGUAAAGGACAAGACACUGCUGAAUAGAUAAGAGAUUCACACGUCCUGUGCCUGGCAAUGUCAUUUCAAUGCACUAAUGAUAACACGUACAAUCCUUCCGAGGAUUUUUGGUGGCCUUUGUAAAUAUCUCCUAGCUGCUCUGCUAAUGAUUUUCAACCAAUUAAUGCAUACAUAUUAGUCUGGGAUUCUCGUAACAAAAAAGAUUUCUACUGUAAAUCUUCUGUAAGUAAAAUUUUGUGUGUUUGUGUAGGGGGGAGAGGGACAUGGAGGAAAAAUUGAUUCCAAAAACUGUACAAAGACUUACCUUUGGAGUUAGGAGAAUCCUGUAAAGCGGUGAAUGUCGACAGGCUAAGGCGUGAGCUCACAUGCCCUUGCRGAGAGUAACGUUUGUUUUUAGGAGCAGGUUCAAACUGAAUUGGCUGGCCUGGUUUGUAAAGAGGAACCGUGCUGCAGGGUGGAAGACAGCACUGGAAAUAGCAAGCUGCUGCCCAUGAGACGAGUAUCGCUGAUGUUAGCCGCAAUGCAGCUACAAUAAACCAGAAAAGAGUAAA